CUGCAGUUCGAUUCAGUGGUGCUGAUGCAGUGCAGUGGUCUUUAAUAGGUAAAAAUAGUGAUGGGGCCUUUUUCACCAAGUCAUUUCUCUCGAAAGUUGAGACGCCGGCACCGUCAGAAGGUUCCAGCGCAUUGGCUGACGCGGCCUGGUGCUCUAACAGUAUUUAAGUAGCGCUGGAUCAUCAUUUCUGUACAAAGCGUCAGGGUAUGACUUUCACUAGUAAUACUCCAUUGGAUCACAGCCUCUACGGGCUGGACCCCGCUGCGCUCGAGUUCUUCAAGCAGCAAACAGGCAUCACAGGAGAGGAUGACUUGAAGCACCACAUCCUCGCUGUUCAAGCACAAGCUUUCGAAGUGGCGCCGUACCCUUGCAUCUACAGCUUCGGAUUCACAAGGCUCAGAAUUUCGAGACACCCGAAGUACGAAAGCGUGCUUCAGCUAGGUCGCGAUUGCGGAAACGCACUGCUCUUGGAUCUUGGAUGUUGCUUUGGCAAUGAUGGCCGCAAGGCAGUUACAGAUGGCUGGCCAGUCAACCGAGUAAUCUCUACUGAUAUCAGGCAAGAACUUUGGGACCUAGGACAUGUCCUUUUCCGAUCUACCCCAAGAUCUUUCCCCUCGCCAUUCAUCGCGGGUGACUGUCUUGAUCCAACGUUCUUAUCAUCCGAGCCUGGGCAUACGUCACAGACACCACCUGACUUAUCCUCGCUCACCUCAUUGAAUGACUUGCAUGGCAAGCUUACUGCCAUUCACGCAUCAUCCGUCUUUCACUUGUUUUCUGCGGAACAACAGGCAUCGCUCGUCCGUGCUGUAGCUGCUUUGCUGUCUCCUGCACCAGGGAGCAUUGUAUUUGGGUCUCAUGUCGGACUUCCGAAACAGGGUACCAUACGGGAGGAAGUGCUUGGUAUGACAGUGGAGAUGUAUUGUUAUGACCCUGAAAGCUGGAAUAAGCUUUGGGAAGAUGCAGGUCCCUUCAAGACGGAGGCCAUCUUGAAGGAGGUGAUAGCUCCAAACGGUGAGGUCGGGUGGAUGAUGGUAUGGAGCGCAACGAUGAGCACCAGAUCCGUUGUAUGAAUCCGAAAUCGCCAUGCCUUCAACUGCACCUACUUUCCAAGUCCUUAAUACGUUGCUGAAGCCUACAAACAUGAUGAGAAUAAAGAGUCUCGUUGAUCAAUCACGCUCACACGGGUUGUAAUUGUAUACGUC